AUGUCCAUUUCAGUCUGCUUGGAUUUGGUCAUGAGAAAUUUGAUGGCCUCUAGUCUCGGGAUCAGACGACAGGGACGCGCUCACUGUCAUCCGCUGCUGUCUCUUUGUCAUCCACCCUGGUUCAGCACUCUUCGGGAGGUGCACCGGCUGCAACUUCCACCGCCAAACCACGACAGAUUCUGUCCGAAAGGGUUGGACGGUCAUUGCAUGCCCGCAGAAGAUGUGACAGCGCUGGCUAUUGGUGGCUGCAGUGAAGGGAUGGUGGUGAUGUUGGAACGGACACGGAGCUUGGGUGUGUAA